UUAUCAGCAGGUCAGCUUCAAGGGGAAUGGCCACCAAUCGAUAAACCACCAACAAUAUUAAGCAAACACUUACAAAAAGUAGAUUUAACAAAAGUUGCAAAUGCUCCUGUUAGAACCUCGACUACCGAUUGUUCAGGCGAUGACCAAUACUGUUAUUGGAGUUGUACUAACUGUAUUCGUAAUGAUACUGAUGUUAUUACGUGUCCGAAUGCAGACGAUUGGGGGCUUAGUCUUGAUGAUGGUCCAAGUGAAAAUACGCCCGACAUUCUUACAUUUUUAGAUGCUCAAAAUAUUAAAGUUACCUUCUUUGUUGUUGGUUCUCGGGUAUAUGAACAUCCUGAAAUCUUACAAAGAGCAUUUAAAGCUGGCCACCAAAUUGGUGUACAUACAUGGUCUCAUCGAAGUCUCACUACUCAAACUACUGAACAAAUAAUUGCCGAGUUAGAAUGGACUGCUGAUGCCAUAGUAGCUGCGAUCGGUGUCAGACCAAAAUACAUGCGUCCACCAUUUGGUGAUUAUGAUGAUAGGAUACGUGAUAUAUGCAAACAACUUGGUUAUAAGGUCGUAAUUUGGGAUAGAGAUACAAAUGAUUGGUUAUCUGAUGAAGGUGCAUCAUUCCAAGCAUCUUGGAUUGAAGCAAACUUUACCCAAUGGGUCAAAGAACCAUCUAAUACUGGCCACAUUUCAUUGCAACAUGAUUUAUAUAAAGUUGCUGCGGCUCAAGUUCCAAAGGUAAUUCCUAUUCUCUCAAAUGGUGGUUUUAAGAUUAAACAAGUUGGUACUUGUCUGGGUGAUAAUAGCUUCUAUCAAGGUAAUGUCACGACUCCGGAGCAAACUUCUACUUCUGUAAAUCAGCCAACAAAUUUCGGCAAAGCCACAACAG